CGUUGGCGCCAUGCGCGUUCGGGGACCGAGGGGACUGCGGUUUCUGUUUCAAGACUGCGGUGACGACCAUUCCUCGGGAACCAUGGCUGAAAUCACCGAGAAGAUCAAAGAGCAGGUUGGGGUAGAGAUGGGUUAUCACACGAUCCCCAAAUGCCGAGCAGGCUUGCUCAAGUACCAUCCGAAGCUGGAGGAUUUGCCAGAGCGCAGCAUGAAGGACUCGUACAGAACGGCCGUCCUGCCGCUGGGCUCCGAUGUGAAAGUGCGUGAGCGUCAUGUCAAUUAUCUGGGAAUGGUGCGAGGGGGGCGCCUAAUCGAAGAGAUGGACAUGCUUGCUAUAUGGAUAUGCCAUUGUCAUGUUAAGCUACCGUCACUGCCGAGGAACACCCCUCUGCCGUAUACAUUCGUCACACUGCUGGUGGACAGCGUGGAGUUGCUGGUCCAGGCCAAGGCGGACAUAGAUCUGAUGCUGUCGGGUCACGUUUCCUGGACGGGCACCAGUUCCAUGGAGAUUUCCAUCAAUGUGCGACAGCAAGAACAGACCAUCGCCAAAGGCAUCUUUCUGAUGGUGGCACGUAAUGCCACCAAUACCGGCCCUGCUCCCGUCAAUCCAUUAAAGCCGACCAUGGAGCAGGAAAAGAUCUAUUGGGAGGCGGCCAAAGAGCGGAAAAAAAAGAAAACCACGCCCUCCACCUGCUUGGAUAAAACGCCGCUCACCGAACCGGAACAGAAGCUCAUGUACGAGCUGUUCAUGCGCACUAGGGGCACGGAUAUACUAUGGGAAAGGUCGAAUGUGGAGAAACCAGACUUUAGCUGGAUUUCGAACACCCAGCGGUCCACAGUGUUGCUGCCCUUUCCAGAGAAUCGCAACAACCACAACACCAUCUACGGUGGGUACAUUAUGCGGAAUGCUGUCGAGAUUUGCUAUAUAACUGCCAGCUUCUAUGCCGGACGAAGACCCGUGUGGCAGUACCUAUCGGAUGUGGCCUUUUUCCAGCCCGUUCACGUCACUUCCAUUCUCAAGCUGACGGCCUAUGUAGUCUACACCUCCGAUAAGCAUAUGCAACUAAUGGCUGUGGCAAAUGUUCUCGAUGCCAACAGCUUUUCGGAGGUGCAGACCAAUGCCUUCCAUCUCACGUAUUUGAGCGAGCACAAGGUGAAAGAGGUCCUGCCACACAGCUACCAGGAGACAGUGUGGCACAUUAUCGGUCGUCGGCAUUUUCAGGCCUUCCAGAACAGAAAGUAGCGAAAGUCCAAUCAGUUCUUGGGAUUAUAG